AUGAAUCUAGCGAUUAAUGUCAACGAUGAGGAUGAGCAGGUGGUUGACCAAGAGCACUUGGAGGCUGAUGCAGAUCUGGCGCUAGUCGCCAUGGAGGCCAAGGCUGGAUGCAAGAAUGCCCCAAUAAGUUUGAGCAGAAUGUUGAACGCUCCCACCGCCGCCUGGCUCGCCAUCUUAAGCGUAUCAAAUGCACGCGCACUGUUUCGCGACACCGAGCGGCCGCGCUACGCGAUAGCGGACAGCGACCUCACACGCUCUGUCCAUCUCUCCACUAAAAGAAAAAAGGAAAAUCUUAUCCACUCUCGAGCAGCACGACCUUCUUCCUCCACUAACCACCGCCGCUGUGCACCCCGCCUCCUCCGGUCCUCCCUCGCGCCGCCUCCUGACAACGCCAACUCGCCGUCGCGAUUGCCCAUCGCCACCCCAGCAGGCCUCACUUCUUUCCCUCCAGGGCGCCACCAUGAGCCGCCGCAGGAAGCAAUCCCCAACCUCCGGCGCCGCCGCGACUCAUCUUCUGCGAUGGGCACACGCCGCUCCGCGGCUGCGCACAGCUGUGAAUCCUCGCACUUAGCCGUGAGGGCUCCAUCGCCUACUCAAGUGCCCAUCACAUGCAGGAAAUGCAGUCAAAUUCAUGAGUUUCGGCAUCUUUCUCAAGGAGCUACGUCGACUAGGAUGAGUGGUGGGUUUGUACGGCGGUUAGGAUUAUAGUGGUGGGUUUGAGUUGGAUUUUCACGGUGAGCUGUUCAGAUUUUGUCACUACUGGUAUGGUUCAUGAUCCUUAUUUGAUCCAUCUAUUCUUGCCUAGACUGCAAUUGUCUCGUUAAACAUGAUACUCUCUGUAGAGCUUCAUUACAUUAUUGACCUCUUUUUCUCGUAAAUGCAUCCGUGUGG